AUGGAGAAGUACCGGAAUAUUUUGGAGGCAUAUAAGAACUGCAGUCCCCCACCAAAAACAGCAGCCGAGGCCGCCCGACUAGUUGCAGCAGCUCUAAGCAGGAUUCAGAGAGCUGAUUUGGAGGGUUUUCUUGCAUUUUACAACCUCCCGAUCCCAUCAUUCUCUUCAGCAUCAACAUCCUCGGACCACCAACCAUCCUCGCUACCAGAGGGCAUACAGUUUGUGCUGAACACUUUGCCGGUUCACAACAAGUGCAUUGGAGAUGGUGACGGAUUUACUGCCUAUGUUGACACAGCAGACCCGAGGGAGUCUGCGAAUGUGCCACUAGAAGUCCAUGAGAUGGUGAUUGAAAGGACUCAAGCACGCAUUGAUAGGGAUUACCAGACGGCCGAUGCUCUUCUUAGGAGCCUCAACGAAGCAGGAUAUAAGAUAAUAACCAUUUUAGGAGAAGAGAUACUUGCAAAGAAAUACAUAAUCGGAAUGAGGGGCAUCGAUGCACCAGAGCUUAAAAUGGCUAGUGGGAAGGAAUCGAGGAAUGCAUUAGUGAAGCUAAUUGGAGUGAAAAGGGUCACAAUUUAUGUGUAUGGACAUGACCAGUUUGGACGUUAUGUGGGUGACAUAUAUUGUGAUAAUGUGUUCAUCCAGGAGCAAAUGCUAAAGAGUGGUCAUGUAUGGCAUUUCAAGACUUACGAUAAGCGCCCAGAGUUUGCGCAGUGGGAGAGAGAGGCAAGAGCUGCAUGUCGAGAACUUUUUGCAUCAGAGAACCCUGAGAAGCCAUGGGACUGGAGAAGAGACCAACGAAACGCGAACAUACCAGUCUACUGA